AUGGAGAGCGCCGUGAUUUGUUCCAGCUCUUCCUCUCGCUCCGUCCCGUCCCCCACCCGCCCCCAGGCCCCCGCAGGCUGCGCCGCAUCGGAUACCACAAUUAAUCCCGCGUCAUGCGCUUUGAGCUGCUGUACCAGCCGAGGUGGUGCGUCUGUACCUGUCUCUGCUGACGGAGAGCCAGAACUACAACACCCUGGAGGCGGCCGGCGGCGCCCUGCAGAACCUCAGCGCCGACAGUGGACCUGGUCCAACUACAUCCGGGCAACGGUUCGGAAGGAGAAGGGUCUGCCCAUCCUGGUGGAACUGCUGCGGUCCGACUCGGACAAGGUGGUCCGUGCGGUGGCCAUCGCCCUGAGGAACCUAUCCAUCGACCGCCGUAACAAGGACCUAAUCGGCAGCUACGCAAUGCGCGACCUGGUGAGCAACCUGCCCAGCGGCCAGCAGCGGCCCGCCAAGAACCUGGAGGAGGACACGGUGGUGGCCAUCCUCAACACCAUCCACGAGAUUGUGACGGACAGCUCGGAGAACGCCCGCUCGCUCAUCCAGGCACAGGCCGUCGAGAAGCUGGUGGCCAUCAACAGAACCAGCCAAUCGUCACGUGAAACCAAGGCGGCUUCCCAUGUCCUGCAGACGGUGUGGGGCUACAAGGACCUCAGGAACGCCCUGACCAAGGACGGCUGGAACAAGAGCCACUUCCAGCCUACAGUUGCAGCAACCCCUAAAUCAGCCAAAAACGGCAAGCCUGGCUAUGAUGACACCACCCUGCCCCUGAUGGAGAAGAAUCAAGAUGGAUACACCACCAUCGACCAUAGGGAGAAGGAGUGCAAGUACAAGGCUGUGGACCCUGAGGACCCAACAGAGCAUGAGCCCUUAAAGAAUGACACUAAUAGGAAGCACUACAUUAGGGGUAACAGGCCCGCCAUCAGUCUGGUGGACGCUUGUGACGUUAAGCCCCAGCCUGUUGACUCCUGGGUCUAAAUGCAUGCCAUGGCUUAGAGGAACCACAUCACCCCAUCCCAAUGUGAGGCCCUCUCACAUCACCACUGCCAUCCCACACAGAGCUCACCCUGGGCACCAACUCUGCAAGCAGACUUUGUAAAUGGACAAAACUAAUCAAAAAACACAGGCGCUCCUGAAAACGUGGUCAACAAAAACAUAAAAUCAAUGAAUUUAAAAAAGAAAAAGGCAACUUCUUCUACUACUACUUUAACUUCAUAUCAACAUUCCCACUGAAUACCGCGGCCACAGCGGUCUCUCUCGUUGAGGAAAAGGAGGAGGAGGAGGAGGAAGUGAGGCAUGGAUGAAGGCGAUAAGAAUACGAAGAUGAAGGAUAUUGAAAUUGGCAUAAAAAGGUGGACAUGAAGCUAUAAUGGGCUAGGGACCGCUACAUGAUGGGGGCAAGAAAAUAAGGUAUUUUUAAAUUAGGUUUCAGCUGCUAGAUAAAUCAAAAAGCAGAUAACGUUGUUUUGACAUUUAAUGCGUCAAAUCCUAUCCUAGUUUGAAACCCCCUCUCUACCCUUUAGAAAUUGUGAUUAUGAUAUUAUUGGAAAUCCUAAACCGUUGUGUUUGUCCAUGAAGGCCAUAGAAGGUUGGUAGCAAUGUGGGCGGUAAGUGGAGCUUGAUAGACGAAGAUAGAUAGAGAGAGGGAGAGAAAGAGAGAGAGAGAGAGUAGGAGAGAGAGAGAGAGAGAGAGAGAGAGUAGGAGAGAGAGAGAGAGAGAGAGAGAGAGAGAGAGAGAGAGAGAGAGAGAGAGAGAGAGAGAGAGUAGGAGAGAGAGAGAGAGAGAGAGAGAGAGAGAGAGAGAGUAGGAGAGAGAGAGAGAGAGAGAGAGAGAGAGAGAGAGAGAGAGAGAGAGAGAGAGAGAAACAGAGAGAAACAGAGCGGGAGAGGAAGAGAGAGAUUAACAGAGUGAGAAAGGAAGAGAGAGAGAAAUUAGAGAGGAAGAGAUUUAGAGAACUGUAGCACAUCCACACCAGCCUGCUCUUGCAGACUUCUAAACUAUUCAGUUCACUGUUUCAUUAAUACAAAUAAGAGAGCAUAUAGGCCAGGGCUUACAGCCGUUUCAUGGAAAGAAUAAUGACUUCAUAUCAAACAGUGAGCAGAGCCAGGGUGACGAGGAGAACUCAUCACUCGAGUCUGACAGCCAGCGGUUGCUCUUUGCCAAUGAGUACGCCAUGAGUGUAUUUCAGAGGAUUUAAAGGUGUUUAUAGUCGACAGUGUGCUCUAGAAGGAGAGAGGCAGGUGUGGAUGCUUUGGCUGUUGAAAUGACAGCCACGAUAAAGCAUUUAUAUUUUUGUUGGGUUUUAUACAAAUGUAUAUUGGGGUAAUGAAGAUAAAAAACGAAAACGGAAAAAUGAAGUGAAAAAGCGCCGGAGACCAUCUUCGUUGUACAUUGAUCACAGAUCCAUUUGUCGAGGAAGUUCUGUGUUUGUGAACAAAAAAAACAACUGUUUACCCGUAGCUCACGUGUAACAACUCAUGUCUCGUCAUGACAAUUUCUCACUUAUUUAUAUAUUUGUAUUGUUGAAAUGCGACAAACAAAAACGGAUGCGACGCAUCGACAGUGGUUGUUCCUUCGACGGCAAUGAGGUGAGGGUGGAGCUGGCAGGUCCCCAUCAGGUUCUCCACGCCCAGAUGUUUGUAUUCCCCGCCACUCAGCCACCAUAGGAGGAUGGAUGGACAGGGAAACCGCUGGAAUAGAAUAGCCGGGAGACAGCAGUGCCCCCCCCCCCACCCCCCUUUUCUCCAGAGGAUCCCCUGCUGCACUUAGAUUAAGUUACCGACCAACAAAACCAUCACUUGAUUUCACUAAUGCAUCGUAAUAGAAAAAAAUAUAUAUAAAUAUAUAUAUAUUUCAACCUAGCAUGAAGGAAAUUGUACAGAUGUUUAUAUUAUAUUCUAUCCAAGUGCCACAUUUUGGUUUUUUCUUUUCUUUUUUUGUUUGUUGUUUGGUGGUGUUGUUGGAUUUUAACUUUGUUCAUGUGUAGGGAAGACGGACACAUGUAUAUAUGUGCCAGACUAAACUAAACAAUCUCAAAUGAGUUGCUUCACAUUGUAAAAAAGCCAACCACCACACCAUGGUCACUCGCAUAUAAAUAUAUUUUUUCUAUGUUUUAGUGUGGGCAGUUGGAAAAGUAGGAUUGCAGAGCUAACACACUUGCGUUUUGUUUUGUAUCUGUCUGUUUUUGACUGAACAGGAUGCUAGUAACAUAGUGAAAUAUCAAACGCUUACUCAAUGCAAAGUCCUGUGGCGGUGCUAAUAGUCUGACAGAGUGCUACAAAGUGACAUUGUAAUCCACUGUAGAAUCCCUACUGGCUGUGACUCACUCUGCAUAGGGUCGGGGUGGGGGGGGGGACAACAGAGAAAUGGCCAGGACAGUUCCACCCAUACGUCUGCUAUGGCAUGUGCCUGCAUUGGAGUCAGAAUUUUCUUUUGUGAUGUGAUUUUAUAAAGCUUGCAUAUUUUACACAGUGUUUACAAAGACGUACGAUGUGCUAUCAAUAAAUACGAAUAAAAAAAUCUAUGUUUUUCAUUUCAGUGAUGCAGAAAAAAAAAAACUAUCCUAGCAUCCCUUUUCUAUGUGCUUUUUUGGGGUUUUGUGCGUGUAUGUGUGAGUGUGUGUGUGCGCUCUCAUCGCACAUAUUACUAUAUUACUACAUCCUAUCGCAACCAAGAGCCCCUAAACGUUUGACUGACCUUUUGCUGACCUUAUCCCGAGCAUCCCUCCACUGCGCAACACCACAACCAAAGGAACCACGCCUCGUAGGCAUACAAACCCCACAGCUCAGCCGGCAGGAGGUGGUCUGGCGGGGUGUACACACCACUGCUGUACAACCACUGAGCUCGGAGGCGGAGGGACCGUGCUGUCAAUGCGAAAGCCAAGGCGUAUACAGCUGACCAAAACUAGCUAGACCCUUCCUGUGUAGAUAAACGCCAUUGUUUAGAGACGGUCGUCAUACAAGUAACUUGUACUACGCGGUAGCAGACGUGUUUGUAUGUACCUAUCAUGUGCCUUAAUCCUCUUUCCAUGGUAGAUAAAAAAUAAAUAAAAAGAUAACUGUGUUUUAUAAGACAUUCUCGCUCCACUCACUGCCAUCCCCCCCCCCCAUCUCCCUCCUUUAAAGUAAAGGCCCUCAUUUCAAUCAUUCGGUCACUCACUCAUUGACACAUUCACUCACUCUGUUACCUGUGUAGUCUAGACUGUUGGUGAAGUUUUUGCCUUUUAUUACAAUAUAUUAAAAACUUUUCAAAACACUAGAUAUUUGGUUUCAUAGAGAAGUAAAAGUUGUGAAUGCUUUGGUAGCCAGCAGCCGAUGCCACAGUGACAGAAUGUAUUAUGUUGAUUUUACUAAUAUCCUGAGGCAAGUUUACGCUUGUUGAACAUAAUGGAAAAAAUAAAUACUGGUUUGUAGAGUAUACAUUUGGUGUGUUUUCAAUAAAUCAUGCCUGCAAAAAUG